AUGAGCGCCGAUUGCGCGAGUUACGUCAACGCCGAGCAGGUGCUGGUGAGCGCCUUCAGCUGCCCGCCCGAGGCCGGCGGCGAGGCCGGCGCAAUCUAUUGCUGCGGCUUCCAGGACGUCAAGUACUGCUGCGAUGACCCCAACAGCUUCUUCCCCUACGAGCACAACUACAUGUGGUGGCUCAGCAUUGGAGCGCUUGUUGGUUUGUCAGUCGCAGCCGUGGUCCUGCUGGCUUUUAUCGUCACUGUGUGUGUUCUCUGUUACUUGUUUAUCAACACCAAGCCAUGCAGCAAACUGGACACAGGAUUAAGCUUAAGCUUACAGACAGCAGCGGACAACAGCAUCUUUCAGGAGUCACCAGCAAAGCAGCCACCAAACCCCCACAGGAACAAAAGGAUUAAUUGUGAGAAUCCAAGGCAAGAACCUGAGAUCUUCGAAAUUUCUUUUACUGCCACUGUGACAGCUCUCAAUGCUCUCUGGCCAACUUGA